AGCACUUCUACAUGUCGGGAAGAACACAAAUCUUCUUCACUGGCGCGACUGGCUACGUUGGGGGAGCCAUCCUCCAGAAGCUCGCUACACAUCCAACAGCCGCCAACUCCGAAUUCACCUUGCUCGUACGCUCGCCUGAGAAGGCACGCCUGUUGGAAGAUUGGGGCAAGACUACGCCGGCCGGGGGUGUCAAGAUCCUCCUAGGGUCCCUCACGGACUAUGACAAAGUUACCGCACAGGUCGCUAAAUCCGACGUUGUGUUCUCUAUGGCAGAUUCGUACAAUGACGAUCCGUGCAAGGCUAUCCUUGCGGGCUUGAAAGAGCGCUUCCAGAAUUCUGGGAAGGUCCCUAUUUUGAUCCACACAUCAGGGACAGGAACCUUGAAGGACGACGCGCAAGGAAAGUUCGAAGGUGAAACGAUCUACGACGAUAUCACGCCAGACCAGAUUGAGUCGCUUCCGGACGGCGUGUUCCACCGUAACGUCGACCUUCUCGUUCUAGCCGCCGACCGUGAAGGGUAUGCAAAGACUUACAUCGUCUUCCCUCCCACUAUAUACGGCCUGCCCGUGGGGCCUCUAUUUGACAAGAACAUUUCAAACCGCCACUCUCACCAAAUCCCGUUUCUCAUCCGAGCAGGUGUGGCCCGCAAGCAAGGUGGCGUCGUUAACGACGGUCUGAACAAGUGGCCAUGUGUACACUACGAUGACUGUGCCGAGUUUUACAUUACGCUGUACACGGCAAUCCUCGAAGAUAAAGCCGACCACGGCCGCGGUGGCAACUACUUCAUCGAGAACGGCGAAUACAGAGCUUACGAUCUCGCCAAGGCCAUCACGGAGGAGCUGGCAGAGGUCGGUCAGAGCGACAAGUCAACACCAGUGCCAUUCACGGCCGAGGAGUACGAGAAGACACCUAUGCUCUCGUAUUUCGGGACGAACUCACGAUGCAAGGCGAGCAAGGCACGCGCACUGGGAUGGAAACCCAAGCAUCCUGCCGAAGACAUCUUUGCGAGCAUCAGACCCGAGGUCCGGGCACUACUCAACAUCCAGCCUUGAUGUCCCAGGUUAAAUGUGAUGUACUUGCAUUAAUUAGAUACUGCUGAUUCAGACAAUUGAGUCGGUACAAUGAGCUCACGUGUCUCAAAUGCUUCCGUUGAUGAGUAGUUCUGAGAUGGACGGCUCGCGCGAUGAAUAUCAUGACCCAAACCAAUAAAUUAACUUCGUAAAGUCCGGAUGUACAGAGAUUGCAUCUUGAAUACAUAAUCGCAUUAAC